GGCAGCGUCUCGCGCCGGGUGGGGGGGGAUGCGGGGGGGAUGACAACAAAUAUGGCGGAGAGGAGCAGGACGGCAGAGACGGGUAGUGACAUAGGAGGUGAUGAUAUCAUAGCAGGGAACGUGAGCAAGUACACUGUUCUCCCAGCUGGUUAUUGUGGACAGCCUAAAAAAGGACAUCUUAUAUUUGAUGCCUGUUUUGAAAGUGGUAAUCUUGGACGGGUGGACCACAUCACAGAGUUUGAAUAUGACCUGUUCAUUCGACCAGAUACCUGUAACCCACGCUUUCGAGUUUGGUUCAACUUCACUGUUGAAAAUGUAAAAGAAUCACAGAGGGUAAUCUUCAAUGUUGUCAACUUCAGCAAAACAAAAAGCCUUUACAGAGAUGGGAUGGCUCCAAUGGUGAAAUCCACAAGCAGACCGAAAUGGCAAAGAAUACCCUCUAAAAAUGUGUAUUACUAUCACUGCCCGGACCACAGGAAGAACUAUGUCAUGUCAUUUGCGUUUUGCUUUGACCGUGAGGAUGACACUUACCAGUUUGCUUACUGCUACCCCUACACCUAUACUCGCCUUCAGCACUAUCUCGACAACCUACAAAGGAGGAACAUGGACUACUUUUGCAGAGAACUGCUAGGACUCAGUGUGCAGAGACGGCAGCUUGACCUCCUGACAAUAACCAGCCCUGCGAACCUGCGUCCAGGUGCAGAACAGAAAGUGGUGUUCAUCACUGCGCGUGUCCACCCUGGGGAAACGCCAUCCUCCUUCGUGUGCCAAGGUAUAAUUGAUUUCCUUGUGAGCCAGCAUCCUAUUGCAAAAGUACUGAGAGACCACCUGGUAUUCAAGAUUGCACCUAUGCUCAAUCCUGAUGGAGUAUACCUAGGAAAUUACAGGUGCUCCCUGAUGGGGUUCGAUUUAAACCGGCACUGGGCAAAUCCAUCUCCAUGGGCUCAUCCCACCCUGCACGGAGUAAAACAGCUCAUCAUUGAGAUGUACAACAACCCGAAGAUUAACCUGGAGUUCUAUAUUGACAUCCAUGCCCACUCCACCAUGAUGAAUGGCUUCAUGUAUGGGAACAUCUUUGAGGACGAGGAAAGAUUUCAGCGACAGUCUGUUUUACCCAAGCUACUCUGUCAAAAUGCUGAAGACUUCUCUUAUUCCAGUACAUCCUUCAACCGAGACGCUGUGAAAGCAGGGACAGGCAGGCGUUUUCUUGGUGGGCUGUUAAAUGAUACGUCCUACUGCUACACGCUGGAAGUCUCAUUCUACAGCUACAUCGUGGGUGGAACUACUACUGCUGUCCCCUACACAGAAGAAGCAUAUAUGAAGCUUGGAAGGAAUGUGGCCAGGACGUUCUUGGACUACUACAGACUGAACUCCUUGGUGGAAAGACCGCUAGCACCUACUCCUAAAACUCGGAAAGAAAAGGAGCCGCUUGUUAGAGGCACUACCCCGCAGGGUCAAGGGACCAGCCACGCCAGCGGCAAGCUGGAGAAGAGGAGCCAGACGCACCCGAAGGACCAGUCUCUCUCCACGCGAUGAGAGGGGAGAAGAAGAAAGAGAGGAGAGAAGAGGGCUGGUCUGUGGGGCGAGGAGGAGGAGUGCAGCUGGGGCUGGAACUGCUGAUGCUUCUCUUUUAUUUUCCCAGAUAAGUAUUUCUAAGAUAACAAAUAGUCCAAGGGGGAAAGAGGGAGAGGGAAAUUAGCUAGAAAUUUUACCAUUGAUUCUUUUUUAUUUAUAGAUGGUAAAUCAAUUUCAGACUUUUUUUUUUCCCUUCAUCUCUGGGAAAAUAAAGAGUGACCCGAUAGAUUUAGAGAAAUCAUUUGCAGUGGCUGAAAAGCUAUUUGUUACAAUGAGAAAGCCUCCCCUUCCUCCACCAGCCUCUCUUGCUCUCUUUAAAGGGGUAAUCCAUACGAUGAGCAAAUGAGGGAGUCCUGGCUCCCCUGCUGCCCCGUGUGAUGUCUCCUCUUUUAGUGUCAGGCUCAGAAGCUUUUAUGCCAAUUGCAUGCAGUAGCCCAGUUAGCUUGCAUUAAGAGAGCCUGAUAAAUAGCUUCUGGGAGUCAGGCAGGCGCUUCUCAGUGUGCCGUUUAUCAUCUGCUGCAUGGUUAGGUUUUUUGCUCUUCUAUCAGAUCAUUUGAGGAAAGUGGUCAUAUGAGAAAUGUUCCUGAUGUCACCUGUCAGGCUGCAGGCAUGAAACUCACUGCAAGACCUGUCUAACAGGCAGAAGGUCCUCCAGCAAUAACUGGUUGGGGUCUAGAAAGACUGGACUUCAGAGAUUUACGACUGAGGCAGUGUCAGCUAGGGGUAGUGCUGAAAGGGAUGAACCAAUGAUGUUGUGCCACUGCUGUAAAUCUCAGGUGGAACGUCACUAUCGUCCCAUUGCAUGGACAGCAAGUGCAAUGUCUGCUUGAAGCCACUGUCAUCAGGCAGUCUUGUUUCCUAUCUUGUGUGACUUACUGGAAACAUUUGCCAAUGAUGUGGAUUUGAAGUGCAAUGCCAGUGGUUCUGAGACUGGAGAGUAAAAGAGGGUGACUGGGAGGAGGUUGGAA